UUUCCUCCACCAAGUCUCCACGAACUCGCCGAGCCAAAAUCACCAGCCAUUUCCCAACCUCGCCGAGCCCUCCGCGCAGACGCCGCAGCAGGGAAGAGCCGCCGUUUUUUCAUCUGCCGAGAAAAAUCUUCCCAUACCCGUCUCGCCAUUUCGGCGGCGCCAGAACCCGAUCCGGCCGGCUAGAAAGGUUGGAUCUUGGUGGCCGCGUAGAUGGUGAGGGUGGGGGUGGGCGCUGCUGUUCUUGGGGUGGUGGUGUUGGCGUGCGCGCUGGGAGCCGGAGCGGACGGCUCCGAUCACAGGUACAAGGAUAGAGAUUAUGUGCCGCUCUACGCCAACAAGGUCGGGCCUUUCCACAAUCCGAGUGAGACGUAUCGGUACUAUGAUCUACCCUUCUGUGCACCAGAUCAUCCAAAGGACAAAAGGGAAGCGCUUGGGGAGGUUCUAAAUGGUGAUCGAUUGGUUGACGCGCCAUAUGAGUUGAAUUUCAAGGAAGACAGGACCUCCAAGAUUCUUUGCCAGAAAACCUUGUCUAAGGCAGAAGUUGCAAAGCUUCGGGAUGCAGUUGCAAAGGAUUACUACUUCCAGAUGUACUAUGACGACUUGCCUUUAUGGGGAUUCCUUGGUAAAUUGGACAAGGAUAAGGAGCAAGGCAAUGCAAAGUACCUGCUCUUCAAGCACAUCCACUUUGACAUCAUGUACAACGAUGAUCGUGUCAUAGAAAUCAAUGUUCAAACAGAUCCAAAUGUGGCUGUCGAUAUCACAGAGGACAAAGAAGUGCAAGUAGAGUUCUCUUAUUCAGUGACAUGGAAAAAGACAGAUAUUCCUUUUGAGAAAAGAAUGGAAAAGUACUCCAAGCCUUCGUCUAUGCCACAACAUCUGGAGAUCCAUUGGUUUUCCAUAAUUAACUCAUGUGUAACAGUACUACUCCUGACUGGUUUCCUGGCUACAAUCCUGAUGCGUGUCCUCAAGAAUGAUUUCAUCAAAUAUUCCCAUGAAGAUGAGUCCCUUGAAGACCAAGAAGAGACGGGAUGGAAGUAUAUUCAUGGCGAUGUCUUCCGUUUCCCGCAGCAAAAAUCUCUUUUUGCCGCAAUUGUUGGGUCUGGAACUCAGCUGCUUGCCCUUGCAAUUUUCAUCUUCCUCCUUGCCAUUGUUGGUGUAUUCUAUCCAUACAACAGAGGAGCACUUUUCACUGCCCUUGUUGUGAUCUAUGCUCUUACAUCUGGUAUUGCGGGAUUCACAGCCACCUCCUUCUAUCUGCAGCUGGAGGGAACAAACUGGGUCAGGAAUCUGAUAUUGACUGGCUGCUUAUUCUGUGGGCCUCUCUUCUUGACAUUCUGCUUCCUAAACACUGUUGCAAUAGCAUACAGUGCCACAGCAGCUUUGCCUUUUGGUACUAUCGUUGUCAUUAUUCUCAUCUGGGUCCUUGUAACCUCUCCUCUCCUUGUGCUGGGUGGCAUUGCUGGGAAAAAUAGUAAUACAGAAUUCCAAGCUCCCUGCCGCACAACCAAAUACCCUAGAGAAAUUCCUCAGCUACCCUGGUACCGAAGCACCAUUCCUCAGAUGGCAAUGGCAGGGUUCCUCCCUUUCAGUGCUAUAUACAUUGAACUGUACUACAUAUUUGCCAGCAUCUGGGGGCAUAAGAUUUACACCAUCUACAGCAUCCUUUUCAUUGUGUUCAUUAUCCUUAUCAUCGUCACAGCAUUUGUCACAGUGGCACUCACAUACUUCCAACUUGCCGUUGAGGAUCAUGAGUGGUGGUGGAGAUCGAUUCUUUGCGGAGGUUCCACUGGAAUAUUCAUCUUUUUCUACUGCAUCUACUACUACCAUGCCCGAUCAGACAUGUCAGGCUUCAUGCAGACAUCCUUCUUCUUCGGCUACAUGACCUGUGUCUGCUAUGGUUUCUUCCUCAUGCUGGGUACGGUUGGUUUCCGCGCAUCGCUGCUGUUUGUGCGGCACAUUUACCGCUCCAUCAAGUGCGAGUAACCUAGGCCGCUGUGACAAAAGAUCAAGACAAUGCUGCCGCUAGGGCAGCUUGUGAGAACCAACACAACUUGUUUCACCAGAUUGUACCUGAAUUUUGUGCCUGAGCAGUUGUCUGUUCUUAAUGUGAACCUAUUCUCUCGUGUUUACAAUCUUCUUGCACUUCUCUAGGGAAGGCUAUUAUAGUGUAGGACUGAUCAGAGCCACAGUACAAUGAUAUAUGCCUGUAUCUCCUCUUAUUGAGUUUAAUGUAACCUUCUGAUUUGUUCGUGAAUUCUUUCUCUUUUCUUUUUUCUCUUUUGCUGGUUGGUUCUGUGAUUACCUGGUGGAAAAUUCAGUAAUUCUUUGUGAACAAGGAAUGAGAAUGUCUCAAAUGUUGUAAACUGCUAAACAGUUCAGUUG